UGGUCUGAUGAUGGAGCCAAAACACAGACCAUGGAACUCGUCAACGAUUUACAGCAGGUACCUUUUGUUUGGGCUUGAUUUAUUGUUGGGUUGUGACUGUAUUAAGGGUCUGAUGAUGAAGACGAAGGACAGUUAAGAGAACUCCUCAACGGUUCACAGUAGCUACCUUGUGUUUGGACUUGAUAAAUUUGUAUUGAUGAGAACUUUCCACCUAGAUGGGUUGUGACUGUAUUAGGGGUCUGGUGAUGAAGACGUAGGAUAGUUAAGGGAACUCCUCGGCGGUUCACAGUAGCUACCUUGUGUUUUGACUUGAUAAUUUUGUAUUGAUGAGAACUUUCCACCUGGAUAGGUUGUGACUGUAUUAGGGGUCUGGUGACGAAGAUGAAGGAGAGUUAAGGGAACUCCUCGACGGUUCACAGUAGCUACCUUGUGUUUGGACUUGAUUUAAUUUUAUAUUGAUGAGAACUAUUGAUGUGUAUAAUACGUACUCAUAUUAAAACUACAUUCACACCGCUGUAUUAUAAUGCGCCUGCGCUGCAUCGCAUCUAUCUUCAGUCAUUAAACGGGUAGCUAACGGAACGGUUGUUUCAUUUAUGUUGAAGUACACAACAUUGGCGAACGCGGCGGGAUUAGUAAUUAUCCACUUAUACCUACGAGUGCUACGUUUUAGAUUCGUUUUAAAACUAAAUAUCUACCAAUGUCGACUUAUUUGGGUCAUUUACAAAAUUUUGACCACAAGAAUGGCGAGUGGCAGAUAUUCAAAGGGAAGUUGACGCAAUUUUUCAAUAUUAAUAGUGUGGACGAUAACGUGAAAAAGAUUGGGAUUUUAUUAACUCACAUCAGCGACGAAACUUACCGUUUGGCAGCGAAUUUAGCGUACCCGCAGCAGUUGGACUCACUAGGUUACGGAGAAGUCGUGGCAUUACUGGACGGCCAUUUUAAACUACGACAGUGCUCGUUUGCUGACAAGGCGAAUUUCUACGGAGCGAGUAGAAGCCCAGGCGAGUCAUUAGGAGACUGGGCGGCGCGAUUGCGAGGUCUGGCGACAUAUUGCGACUUCGGCGCCGCCUUGGAAACCAACCUAGUGGAUCGUUUUGUCCUCGGUUUGGGAUCAGGCCCGGAACGCGAUAAGCUCUUUGAACAAAGACCUUCUACGCUCACGCUGACUCGAGCUAUUGAGCUAGCGGAGCAGGCAGAAAGUGCGAAAAAGGGGAAGGUGGUACGUCCUGAAAUAGAUGCAGUGCACGUCAAGGAGGAGCCGGUGUUCCGCGCGGAAUUCCAAGGUCGCGCUAGCCGCGCCACCCCGUUUCGGUCGGGCCGCGGUGCUUUUGUCAACAACAGUGAUUCGACGAGACUUCGUGAUCCGCGAUGUCAAGUCUGUGGUCUGAAGAAUCAUCAAAGUGAUAAGUGCCGUUACAAGGGCUAUAGAUGCAAAAAGUGCGGGGUCAAGGGUCACCUUAAAAGUGUCUGUGUGCGCGAUAAUAUCGGGGUCAGUGCGGGCGUUUACCGUGUGGAAGAUGAGCCUUGUGGGGUUGACGAAGCGUGCAAGGAGUGUAAAAAUUUUAAUUUAAGGUACGUGAGUGAUAAACCUAUACUAGUCGACCUAACCUUAGGUAACAAAAAAAUGACUAUGGAGCUUGACUCGGGGUCAGGGCUUUGUGUGAUUUCAGAGAUGUUGUAUAAAGACAAGUUCACUAAUUUUAAAUUAUCUAAAAGUAAUGUAACUAUGUGCAUGUAUAGCGGACAUAAAAUAACACCUUUAGGUUUUUUUUCGAUUAAUGCCAAUUUUAAUAAUGUAAAAAAAAGAAUUAAAAUCUUUGUUAUAAAAAACGGAGGUCCUCCCUUAUUGGGUAGGGAUUUUAUGUCUGCAUUUAAUUUAGCAAUCACUACUAUGAACAAAUUAAAUUAUUUAUGUGAUGAUAAAGAUGUACAACGUCUGUUAGAAAAGUUCUCUGACCUUUGGCGUGAUGAGUUGGGUUCGUUUAAUAAAUUUAAAGUGAAGUUGCAACUAAAAGAUAAUUCUGUUCCAAAAUUUUUUAAGCCACGCCCCGUACCUUUUGCCCUUAAAGAUAAAGUAGAACAAGAACUCGAUAGAUUAGUAAGAGUAGGUAUUUUAGUUCCUAUUAAUUAUUCUCAAUAUGCUACUCCGAUAGUGCCUGUACUGAAGGCUAACGGUCAAGUUAAGAUUGCAGGUGAUUUUUCUGUAACAUUGAACAAGGACCUCUUAAUAGAAAAAUAUCCACUGCCUCGGAUUGAGGAAGUAUUUGCAAAGAUUGGAGGAGGUGAGCGUUAUAGUAAGAUUGAUUUAAAAAACGCCUACAAUCAGUUUAUUUUGGAUGAAUCUUGUCAGGACCUCACCGCAAUAAAUACUCACAAAGGGCUCUAUAAGUACACACGUCUUCUCUAUGGCCUAGCUAACGCUCCUGCGAUUUUUCAAAAGUCUAUGGAAACCCUACUAUGUGGUAUAGACGGAGUAAGUGUGUGGCUCGACGAUAUAUGUAUAACGGGACCCGAUAGGUUAAGUCAUUUAAAAAGACUCGACGAAGUUCUUAGUAAACUUUGUGACGCGGGGUUGCGUUUAGAGAGGAAUAAAUGCGAAUUUUUCAAAGAAAGUGUUAAGUACUUAGGAUACGUCAUAAGUAAAAAUGGGUUAAAGACUUGUCCGGAAAAGGUCCAAGCUAUACUUAACGCGCCAGAGCCGACAAACGUUACUGAAGUGAAAAGGUUUUUAGGUUUUGUAAAUUAUUAUAGGCAUUUUAUACCUAACGCGUCAGCUUUGCUGCGACCGUUGCAUGAUUUGUUACGCAGCGGUACAGCGUGGCAGUGGGGCGAGCAUCAACGCGCUAGCGUGGCGGCUGUACGCCGCUGUUUGUCGUCGGAGCGUGUCCUCGCGCACUUUGAGCCCACGGCACAACUUAUUUUAGCUUGCGAUGCCGGGCCCGACGGCUUGGGUGCUAUACUUUCACAAAGGGCCGCCGAUGGCGCUGAGCGCCCGUUGGCGUAUGCCUCGCGUUCUCUCUCAGCCAGCGAGAAAAAUUAUAGCCAAAUACAAAAAGAGGCUACUGCUAUAAUUUUUGGUGUAAAACGUUUCCAUCAGUAUUUAUACGGCUGUAAAAAACCUUUUGUACUGAAAACCGAUCAUAGGCCAUUAGUAUCGAUUUUUAACAGCAAAACGGGUAUACCGGUCACGACGGCGCUGCGGUUACAAAGGUAUGCUAUUAUUUUAUCAGCAUAUAAUUACACCGUGCAAUAUGUGUCAAGCAAUAAUAACGCGGCGGCCGACUAUUUUUCACGCGCCCCCUUACUUGAUAGUUGUGUUACAGAUCAUGAUGAAGUAGAUACUCCCUACGCGCUCCGUUUUUUAGACGAAACAUCCGCGGCUGUUAAUGCUCGUGACAUUAAACAGAUGACGGAACGCGAUACGACGUUGCAGACUGUUAUUAAAUAUUUAAAACGAGGAUGGCCUCGAAAAGUGACCUGUAGUUCAAUUUUACCUUAUUUUCAAUGUAAGUCUGAUUUACAGUUCGAAAAUGGUUGUCUUUUUAGAGGUCAUAGAAUAGUAAUACCUUCCUCGCUCAGGGAAAAGAUGUUGAUAGAAUUACACGACACACACUUGGGCAUCGUUAAGAGCAAGAGUAACGCACGGGUGCGCAUGUGGUGGCCGCAGAUAGACGCACACAUCGAACGCUGGGUGGGCUCGUGUGCGACGUGCGCGCAGCUCCGCGCCGCGCCCCCGCGCGACCCGCCCGCGCCGUGGCCUGCCGCCACUGCUCCCUGGCAGCGCGUGCAUAUAGACUACAUGACUGUAGGCCAAAGGGUGUAUCUAGUAGUGGUCGAUUCGUUCAGUAAAUGGGUCGAGUGUCUGUAUAUGCACAAUGGAACGUCGACUAAAUCAUUAAUAGUAAAACUAAAAAACAUAUUUUCAACAUUCGGGCUUCCAAAGGUUUUGAUUAGCGAUAACGACGUUAAAAUAAAUUCGAGUGAUUUUAAAAAUUUCUGUUUAUGCAACGGAAUAAAAUACAUGACGACUCCCAUAUAUCAUCCGCCAAGCAAUGGUCAAGCCGAUAAUUCGGUCAGAACUUGUAAGAAAAUGUUAAAAUGUAUUAUAAAAGAUAGCCCGACAGUUCACCAGGCUCAUGAGUUGUUAUUAGGAUAUUUGUUUAAUUAUAGGAACACCGUACACUGCACCACCGGCGAAACACCAGCUCGGCUAAUGUUCGGCAGAAAUCUUAGAUCUCGCUUAGAUUUAAUUUUACCGUUAAGUAAUUCUGAGGUUCAUGUACACGCAGUACCCGGAAAAAGGUGUUUUACCGUCGGAGAUGUCGUGUGGGUCAGGUGGUACAGUGCACGGAAGGAAGCUUGGCAGUUGGGUACUAUAAAAGAGAAGAUAGGAAAUAAAAUGUAUAAAAUUUUUAUUCAUGACCUUGAAAAUUGUUGUAUUAGGCAUGUCGAUCAGAUUAUAAAUUAUACUGGCAAUAAAAUUGCCGACAGCGAGUCUCAUCCGUCUUCCACUUCACCAUCGGCCCCGGCCUGCCAGCCUAGCGCCGAACCUAUGGUAGAUCAGUGCACUCAGCCUGAAGUUACAGAUGCCGUCGACAUGGUGGAAGAGAAGAUGAAUGAAGCUCAAGUAUCAAUGGUACCUGAUGCCGAACGGGUGACAGACGAAGGAGAAAAAGAGGAGUGGCGUGAUUGUGAGGUCUGGCGACAUAUUGCGACUUCGGCGCCGCCUUGGAAACCAACCUAG